GUCAUAAAAGCUGGCAAGUUGUUUGAAUAUGACAUCAUCGUCUCCUUAGCUCAGAAAAAACAACAAAACAAAAAAAUUUCUCUUCCCGUUUCUGUACACAAGGAUUUAAAGUGUCUAACUUUACUUUCUCUUAAAUCUCUAGAUUUUCUUUCCCAUGGCUGCCCCUGAUGAGGACCAACGUUUUAUUAAGCCUUUCAUCUUACAUAAGUCAGCUAAAUCAUUGGCGAUUCCGUUGGCCUUCAACGAAUACUUUCCGGAUCCAUUGCCAAAUACGGUGGAGCUCCUAGACUACUAUGGGAGAUCCUGGACGAUUAGGAUGAAGAAAAGAGGAGAGACUGUGUUCUUAACUGUUGGUUGGGAAAACUUUGUAAAGGAUAACGAGCUUGAAGACGGGAAGAUGAUGGAAUUCAUCUAUGAUUGCGACCGGACCUUUUAUGUUGUCAUAUUUGGUCAUGGCGGGGUUAGCGAGCUUAGAGUCUUUCCUCAAGCCGUAGUAGAUGUUGGUGACUAUGCAACCGGCGAAGAAGAAGAAGAGGAAGAGAAGAACAAGAGUAACUGAAACUUGAGUAUGUAUCAUCCACGUAGGUGGGAAGCAAAUGCUGCUUUUUAAAGUUAGUAUAUCAGUUUAUUUAUUUGAGUCUAUUAGUAUAUCAGUUUAUUUAUUUGAGUCUAUGUAACAAGAUGUUUAAUCUAAUGAACACCAACCCUUUAUUGUCUGCUAUAAAUGAUAAAUCCUUGUUUAGAA